AUGUCCAUGCUACUGAACCUGGAGAUUGCUGACGAUUGUGAUCUCGGGCCACCUCUUAACCAAGAAGACGAAGAUGGCCUAGGUGGCUAUGUGUCCCCUGCAUCCAUUGACGAAAUUUACCUCGCAGAUAGCCAUGAGGACGGAAGCCACGGCAGCAGCCAGGGUUUAGAAGAGAGAGAAGGGCUUCGGCCACCGAAAAAAUGGAAGAUCGAUCAUUCCUCGGGAAUCUAUAAGAUGAAGCGUCAACGCGCCCGAUUCGACGGCGCCCGAGCGAUCGAUAUCCUGCAGCGGUCAUACACAUUAAACUAUGGGAGCAAGAGAGAGGGGUCGUGUGCGGCGGGCAGCGGAGAUCAAUACUAUCCUGUAUUCCGCCUCGACUUCAUCAGCAUCAUCGGGCUGCCGCUUCGACCGAUCUGCCGCGAGAGCCAUUUCUUCGACAACAUCACCAUCUCCUUCCGGCAGUGGCAGGCUCCAUACAGCGCGAAGCAUGCAGAGGGAAUACCGUUCGAUCUGGCCGGGAGGACGUUUCGCAUUGCCACGGGAGCGACGCGAGAGGUCUGGUUCAUCGUGAUGCACCCGACCUCUGAGCAGUCACAAGCUCCCGCGCCGAGCAGCCAGAAAAUAAAGGGAAAGCAGCGCAGUGCACUCGCCAGGCACCGCGCAGAGACGAUUGCGUGCUACAUCACAGACGUGUUCCUCCGCGGUGAACUCCUCGGCGAGGGAGUAGAGCCAGGGUGGGUUUUGGGAGCACUUUUUCAUGGAGGGCUGGGCCGGCUUUGUGGAGCGGCAGUCGCACGAUCCCUUUUGGGCCAACAACCAGCCGGCCUUCCACGCGUACGACUACGGGCGAACAUCGAGAUCAAGGUGAACCCCGGCAUUGAGAAGCUCGAACGGGAGGUCCAUUCGAGAGUAUACGCCGAUCAGGAGGAUGACAGCGAAGAGAGCGACACAGAGGCCGCAGCGGACGCCGGGGAUGAAAGCCCUGCAUCCGGCCUGGAUGCCGGCGACGGUGCCGGCGACGGUGCUUCAAAUGACGCUGCCUUUUAUGAGUGGGUGAUUGCUGGAAGCCGCAACGAAUCGACCAGGGGCAGCAGCACCGGCCAUUCUGCCCCGACUGCUCAAAUAUCAUUGGCCGAGAGGCCCGGCUCCCUUGUGAGCAUGGAUUUGGACACAGUGGCGGCACAUGCGAAGCCUCUCUUUCUAAGAGAGCCGGAGGAGGUGGAAGAGGGAGAAGCAGCUGAAGCGACCACAGAGGCGGCUGAGAGAGCUUGGGAAGAUGAGGAAAGGGUGACGAGAGACGGGGAGGAAUCAGACUCCUCCCUGUUCGUGCUCGAUGACCACGGCCCCGGCGAACAAGAUGGGCUGUACAGCGACGGCCUCAAGCAGCUGCGUCGGGUCCUCGAGGAGAAGUACGACAUUGACAACAUCGACUACGUGUCGUAUGCACUGGCGGUGGACGUCCACUGUGCCGCCGCAGAUCAAUCCGGGUCUGCAGUUUGCCUGCUGGCUGAUCGGAACCAAGUGAUGAAGGAGUUCUACGGCAGCAACUACACCUUCUACCCGCUCGGCUUCCACCCGGCGUAUGGGAACUUCACCUCCGACAGUCCGCCUGCUUUCCUGGACCACAACCUAUUCACGGUGAUGAAGUCGAACAUGAGCCACCAGAACCAGGGCGCCGACGUGCUCUCCUUCGGCUUCUUCCAGGGCUACUCGAACCUCAAGCGGUCCUUUCGCCACCGGGAAGACGACCUCCUCGCCAGCCAGGGCUCAGCAACGGCGGCGCUCACCAUCCCCGCGACUGAGGCCGCCCGCACAGCUCAAUGGCGGGCAAAGUAG